AUGUUUCCAAGCGGGUUCAUCGGCGUCGACAUCUUCUUUGUCAUCUCGGGCUACUUGAUCUCGGGCAUCCUCCUCAAGGAAUGCAAGGCCGGGCCGUUCACGUACUACGCAUUCUACAGCCGCCGCCUGCGCCGGAUUUUCCCGAUCCUGCUCCUCGUCAUGGCGACGACGCUGUGGAUGGGAUGCCUCUACCUUCUCGCGACCAGCCUCAAGGCGCUCGCGGCCACGAUGCUGGCCGGGUCCCUCUUCUGUGCCAACCUUCAGGUGCUGUCGCUCGAGAAAGGGUACUUUGACGACGACAUCAAGUCGAAUCCGUUGCUGCAUCUGUGGUCGCUCGGGGUCGAAGAGCAGUUUUACAUCUUUUGGCCGUUCCUGGCGUCCGUCGUGGCGCGACUGCCGUAUCGACGCGCGUUGGGUCUGCAAGGGCUUGUGCUGGCCGUCAGCUUCGUCGCCAACAUUGCGUUCCUGGGCUACCGCGGGUCCAACAAAUACGCCUUCUACUUUCCCUUGUGUCGGUUCUGGCAAAUGUCCAUCGGGGGCGUCCUCGCCUUUCUGCACUUCCACGACGUGUCGUCAGCGUCGCGGCCGCCAUCGAACGCCAUGUCAGUCGCUGGCUUGGCCAUGAUCAUCGCGGGAUUCUCCCUCAUUGACGAGACCAGCGUGUUUCCAGGGUUCUGGGCGAUCUUGCCGUCCUGCGGCGCGGCACUCUUGAUUGGAGGGGGCGCCGCGGCCGCCUUCAAUGCGUCCGUGCUGAGUGCCGGACCCGUUGUGUACGUGGGGAAGAUCAGCUACGCAUUGUACCUGUGGCACUGGCCGCUGCUCGUUUUUGCCAACGUGCGGUUCCCAAACGCGGCGUUCCGACCGUUCUACAUGCAGCCGUACAUGAUGGUGGCCGUGGCCGUGGCGUGCAGCAUCAACUUUGUCAUGUUCGAAAAUCGCGUUCGGCGAGUCAAGUCCAAAUGGAUCGUGCCAGGUCUGUUUCUUCUCACGCUGUCAAUGUCGGCAGUCUCGCUCGCCGUGUACUCGAACCCAGAGUCGUUUUCCUUGACUGAACUCGACCUGCUGCGGAUAGAGGGGCCCCAAGACUGGAGCCAGGGCGAUGUCCUUGCGACACUGGCCCCUGCUUUAAACGUCCCAGCGAAUACGAAGGGGGUCCAUGCGUUGGCGUCUGCCGGAGUCAACCUGACGCUAGCGUCUGCUCGAAACAGCACAACUACAUCCGACGUUCCUGUCAAAGCCGGUGCGACAAUUUCCACGUCGGCAGUGAUGGCUGCCGUCGCUGCAAAGGAUUUGCCAAACCCAAGUCGCGAAAAGCGCGUUCAAAAUACGACGUUCCUCCAAGCCAUCCAGGGCGGAAAGGAUAUGAAUGACGUGUGGAAGACCAAUUUGACGGCGCUCAACAAAACGUCGCCGUAUGGAUAUCAUCCCCACGCCCAAGUGCUGAACCCCGACAAGGAAUCGAAUGGACUGGUCAUUGUGCUCGGCGACUCGCACGGUGAUAUGACGAAGCCGCGCUUCCUCAAGCUGUACGAGGCGGCCGUCAAUGCAAACCUACCGUUUCCCACGAUGGUCUUCAAAACCGAGUUCGGUCGGGCGCCGCUGUCAUGUGAGGCUGCGACGGACGUCGACUUUGCCAUGGUCAAGGCGAUGAAGCCCCAAGUCGUGUUUUAUAACUUCCACUGGCUGCAGUACCUCCGACCCGAGGCUUCCACGGGGACACUGCCGAGCGCAAACCCCCGGUGUUGCAAUAGUCUGUACGAGUUGUGCCCGUACCAGACUCAAGCCGACGCCGACGAACUCGUGCGUCGAUGGAAAGAACAGGUCAAACAACUUGUGGGCCUUGGCAUCCGCGUGUUUGUCGCGCAGCAAUACGUGGAAAACGGGCGCUUUUACUACGCGUAUUGGCUCGAGGGAAACGCGGUCAAGGCCGUGCCGCCUCCCUAUGUUCGAUCCCAAUUUGAAGCCGAGCACCGCCAUUUGCUCUCGGUGAUUGCAAAUGCCACGCAAGAAGCGAACGCGACGCUUAUCAACUUUUCCGACAAUCUGUGCUGGGAAGACCUGUGCCAGGUCGUGAAUGGCCAUGGCGAGCCAGUCCUGGCGGACGACAACCACAUACGGGCUUACACUGCGCGCAACUACCUCAGCGUUGUCGACCAAGUCGUGGAAGCAGCGCUGCUGCACCACUGACGUACUCGUGUGCAGAGCUGUGUGGACCGAAUGCCGUGUACCAUCGGUGUUGUAAAGUGGCCAAUGAAGCAUCCAACCUCUGAAAAUCGUAGCAACAAGUAGAUCAACAGGACUAAUGGUGGAAAAGACUGGGAAUACUUGUCGGCAGGUCAACGGAAGUCGCACA